UUCGAAUAAUGUUAUAACAAUUAUGUUGGAAAAUUAAAAAAAACUAUUUAAUAAAAUUUAAUUUAAAAAGUUUAUUACAAAAUCAAAUUAGAUACAAAAAGGAAUUGUAAAGUUAAAACUAGUAAUCAAGUAAAAGUGUAAAACGGGCAAGAAACGGAUUGUAUUUGUUAUGCCUGGGAUAUUAAGCAACCCAUUUAUCCUUCCCCCUUUCCACAAAUUCAUAACCUAACGGUUUACCACCUAAAUUAGUUUUUUAUUUAUAAAUUACACCCUAAUUUGUUUUUGUUCAUUUUUUGGAAAAGUCAUUUCUCUUCCUCCUACCAUCGUUCAUCUCCUCUCUCGUCUCUGCAAAUCAGUUUUUUUCUUCUCUUCUCACCUCAUCUCAGUUCUCACCCACCGCCGUGUCCGCUGGUUUUUGCCGGAUAUCUGUCGGAAUCCGUGUCGGAUCGUGUCGACACGGAUACUGCACCCCAAAUUGCCGAGUCCGGGUAACGAAGAAAAGAAGAGCAGUUAGGUAUCCAUACCUAAGGUGUUCACUAUCUAGAUUACCAUUUACAUGUGACCUAGUCUGAGUGGAUUCUCAGACAGAUGGAUUCUAGAAAAAUCCGAUCAGCAUAUGAGGGACGUUCCAUCCAGGCUCCAAGUGCGAUACGACAUGGUUCACUUGCUGGCUCAGGUCCUCCUGCUGCUCGUGGGGCUUUGGAGCCACUUCUACGACCUGAGCUUUUAGAGAACAAGAUUGCUUCUCAGGCUGCAGAAAUUGAGCAACUUGCUAGAGACAAUCACCGAUUGACAGCUAGUCAUGUCACCUUGAGGGAAGAUGUUGUGGCUGCUCGUCAUGAAGCACAGAAACUCAAGGAACACAUUAGAAGCAUCCAGAAUGAGAGUGAUAUUCAGAUCAGGGUUCUGCAGGAAAAGAUUGCAAAAAUGGAACCGGAUAUUCGGGUUGGUGAGAGUGUUAAAAAAGAGUUGCAACAGGCACUCAUUGAGGCACAAAAUUUAGUCAAAGUGAGACAAGAGUUAAUUGCCCAAAUUCAACAGGCCUCGCAGGAGUUGGUAAAAACUCGUUCUGAUGUUAAGUGUCUGCCGGAGUUGCAUGCUGAACUUGAAGAUUUGAGGAAAGAGCACCACAGAUUACGCGUUACAUUUCAGCAUGAAAAAGAGUCAAACAUAGAGCAGGUGGAGCAAAUGCAAGCUAUGGAGAAGAAUCUAAUCCGGAUGGCAAAAGAAGUUGAAAAGCUACGCGCUGAAGUCUUGAGUGCUGAGAAGAAAAUGCAUGGAAUGGUACCAUAUGCUGGUGGCUACAUGAAUCCUGAUCCUUCAUAUGCACCACCUUUUCAAGGUGGCACCACCUAUUCUGAUGGCUACAGUCGGCCUGUAAUGCAGACGGGUCUUGGGCCAGUAGAGGGCCUAAUCCCUUAUGGUAAUAGUACCAAUGUUCCAGCUGCUAUUGCUGCUACCGGUAGUCAAACUGUCCCUAGCUCAGUUUGGGGAGCACCCUACGAUCCAUCACUUGCUCAGAGGUAAACUAGGAGAAGCUGCCUUGAAAGCCUCGCCUUGACCCUGGAUUGUUAGCUUUAUGUUGUUAAAGAUAUCAGCAGUUAAUAAAGCACCACAGAUUACAAUAUGGGCAUUCCAUAUUUUACCCUCAAAUUAGCAUCUUAGUAUCCAUUGCACGCUAAACUGUUCAAUUGAAGCUAUGCUUUUAGAAUAGGAGAAAGGUGAAAGAACUAGGUCUUCCUUGCGUUUGAAGCAAUUACAAGAUGAAUGGCAUAGUAGUCUCCAACUUUUGCGCCUGUAUAUAUGAUUUCUGGAUAUAAUAUUUAAUAAUUCUAAGUAUUUUGUUUUAUAUUCUCAAA